UCUCGUCUCCGCGUGCGGCGGCGCGCGAUUUCUUCUCCCAUUCUCCCUCCGGCUUUGUGAGAUUGUUCUGGAGUCAGAUCAAGACCGCGAAUUCGAGCUUGCGCCCGCGCUCUUAGGCUCCAGGAACUCCUAUUCGAGAUGGGGAACGCUGCAUCUGUGAAAACUGAGGCUUCAGCUUCCGCGGAGCCACCUGCCACAACAGCUCCUGCACCCGAGACCAAGCCGAAAAAGAAGAUCUGCUGCGCUUGCCCAGAUACGAAGAAGCUGAGAGACGACUGCAUCGUGCAGAAUGGCGAGGAUGCCUGCGGAAAGUUCAUAGAAGCCCAUCUGCAAUGCCUGAGAGCCGAAGGGUUCAAUGUCUGACACCUAGCUCUGUCAUGGGAACUCCAUAUCUGUUUCUGCGAUAGCCUGAUUUUGAUCAUAAAGAGCAUGAUGAAUAAGAACUUCUAGUAGAGUGAUAGUAAACUCACUGUUUCAUUUAUAGGCUGCAAAAAAAACACGUCACUGAACAUGGCAAGUUGGAAGAGGGUAUGUGCCUUUUUACAGGAUGCUGCACUAUGCAUAUCAGCAAUUCUUGAUGACACUCUGUGGGACAUCGUAUACAGAAAUUGCUUGUUUUGGUCUGCUGGUUUGAUAUUCAGCACGAAACUGUAUGGAACAAUGGUUUUUAGUUUGCUACUAAAUUUUCAAUCACGUGUUUCACUGAUGUAUCAGUGAAGAAGAUGUUGCACUCUUA